AUGCGGAAAAGAAACGUUAAAAGAAAGAAGGAAGAAAUCGCUGAGGAUUGUUGUUUCGUUUGCAAGGAUGGUGGUAACAUGAGAGUCUGUGAUUUUAAGGAUUGCCUUAAAACUUAUCAUGGUGAAUGCGUGGGUGAAGACGCUUCCUUUUUGACAAGUAACAAGACUUGGUGUUGUUGGUCACAUUAUUGCUGCCUAUGCGGUAAACCAUCAAAGUUUGUGUGCUUCUUCUGCCCAACAGCUGUUUGCGGAAAAUGUUACUGUGAUUUUGAUUUUGCUCCUGUCAAAAGAAACAAAGGAUUUUGUAGGCACUGCUCAAAACUUGCAUUUCUAAUUGAGAAAAAUGCCGACGUUGAUUCUGAUGGUGAAAAAGUAAAUAUGAAAGAUCCAGCUACAUUUGAAAGUUACUUUGUAGAAUAUUAUGAAGUCAUUAAAAGAAAGGAAGGGCUGAAUCCUCAGCAUGCUCUUAUGGCCCGUGACAUCAUUAAAAAUAGAAAAAAGAAGUGUGACAUGGAUUCAAAUGAAAUAGACGAUGGGGAAGAUGAUAGUGGUGAAUCUGAUGUGAGUAAUUUUAUGGGUUCGGAUAGUGACGACCUAGAUGUCACAACAGGAGUUAAGUCUUCGGGGAGAAAGAAGAAGUGCAUGAAAAAGCUAGAAUCAAUAAAAGGAAAAGUAGGGAAAGAUAAGAAAAAAGAUUUUGAUGGAUGGGGUUCAAGAAGUCUAGUAGAUUUUCUUAAAAAUAUUGGUAAAGACACUACCCAAGCGUUUUCAGAACUUGAUGUUAAAUCGAUCAUCAUUGACUACUGCCAGAAAAACCAGCUUUUUGACCCCAUGAAAAAGAAAAGGGUAUUAUGUGAUGCAAAGUUAUAUAAUUUACUAAGGCGUAAAUCAGUGAAUAAAAAUAAUAUACAAAACCUUCUUGCGUCACAUUUUGUUGAGAAUUUUGAGGAAACAGAUGAUAUGGUCAGUAGUUCAGAAGAAAUGGGUGACAAAGAAGCAUUCAAGUUUUCUGAGCAGAGACAUUUGAAUUCAACUACAAAAUCUUGUCUCGUAGUUUCUCAAGAGGUUCCAAGUGGAUUUGCAGCUAUAAAUACUUCAAACCUAAAACUUGUCUACUUGAAGAGGACCUUAAUUGAGGAGCUUUUGAAGCAACCAGAAAGCUUUGAUGACAAAGUAUUGGGAAGUUUUGUUAGAACCAAGUCCGACCCAAAUGACUAUUUACAGAAUAAUUCCCAUCUGCUCUUGCAAGUAAUAGGAAUUAAUAAAUCAUCUAAAAAAGGCGAAAUCAACCAAGAAAUUCUACUCAGGCUUACUAACGUGCCAAAAGCUGUACCUAUCAACAAAAUUUCUGAUGAUGACUUUUCUGAGGAAGAAUGUCAAGAUCUGUAUCAGAGAAUGAGUAACGGUGUGCUCAAAAAGCCAACUACACUGGAGCUUGAGCAGAAAGCUAGAACUCUGCACGAAGAUAUCAUGAAGCAUUGGAUCUCAAGAGAGAUAGCUGUGUUGCGAAAUCGUAUUGAUCUGGCCAAUGAAAAGGGGUGGAGGAGAGAAUAUCCUUUCAUGACAUUUUUGUUAAUGUUACACCGAAAAAUAAAGCUGGAAUCUCCAUCAGAACAAUCACGUUUAUUAAGUGAAAUUCCAAAUGUAAUUCCUGAAAUGGUUUAUACCAAUCUGUCACCAGAAGACUCCUCCAGAGAAGAUAAGCUGGAAUUUUCAUCAGAACAAUCACGUUUAUUAAGUGAAAUUCCAAAUGUAAUUCCUGAAAUGGUUUAUACCAAUCUGUCACCAGAAGACUCCUCCAGAAAAGAUAAUCUUGAAUUUCCAUCAGAACAAUCAUGUUUAUUAAGUGAAAUUCCAAAAGUAAUUCCUGAAAUGGUAGAUACCAAUCUGUCACCAGAAGACUCCUCCAGACUAGAUAAGCUUGAGCAAAAUGAUUUGUCUGAAAUAGCCAUUGGCGAGAAUUGUAGCUCUGUUGAACAAUACUCCACACAUGAUGAUUUUGCUCAGUGUCUGGAUAAGAGAACAGAUGAUGCAGAUGACAGAAAUCUGAGUGUUAACAUGGAUGUCAAUCAGACAAUACAAGAAAGACAAAGUGUUACCCUUGCUGAUUCUGUUAAGGCCACUGCCAUAGAUGUUAUUAUGUUAAGUGACAGCGAUGAAGAUGAUUCAAAAAUUAAAGUCACUUCAUCUGAAAGAAAAGAAGUUGAGACUCCUAAAGCCACUACUGCAGGAAGAAAAGGAGUAGAAAGUCCAGAAAUCACUUCAGCUGGAAGAAAGAGAUCGGAGACUCCUGAAAUUCCUAGCUGCAGAAGAAAAGGAGUAGAAAGUUCGGAAGUCAUUUCAGCCGGAAGAAAGAGAUUGGAGACUCCUGAAAUUCCCAACUUUCAUUGUUCGGGUGUUUACAGUGGAAAAAGAGGACCGUUUUCAUUGUCCGUACUCAAAAUCUAUUCUGAAUCUCUUUCUGGUUUAACUUCUCCCUUAGAUUUCAAGGUAUGGAAGGAAGGUGAGAGUGAAAGAGAGGCAAUUCCUCUGAGGGAUGCACUUAUGCUCUUUUCUCCCAAACGAGAGGAGUAA